CGAGAUUCUGCAGCACGUCUGGUAGAUGUCAUUGCGAUCAUAUUCUGAUUCGAUGAUUUUAUGGAAUCCUUUGAAAAUGAUAACUACUGACAAGUCUUGAAGAGACAAGCUCUAAUGCACGGCAUAGUCAUCUAAAGAUUUCCUCGCCCUAAUCAAGCCGGGCGUCGUCACUUACUCUCCUUUUUCUUCCUAAAUAGAAUCGACCUUCAACUUGUUCUCGAAAAGAUCCGAGUCACAAUGAUGGAGCCGACGAUUCACAAGUUCGGCGACAAUGACCUUCAGAAAGUCCUGGUUUGGGUCCCGCCAGAACGUUCACCUGAAUCUUUGUUCUGGAUCGUCUUCAUCCAUGGAGGAGCGUGGAGAGAUCCCAUGAUCACGGCUUGCAACUUUGCGGAUCCUGUGGUAUCGAAACUACUGUCGAAUCCUACACGCGAUGUGACACCCCCAGGCAAAAACAAAACCCUCGCGAUUGCCUCAUUAUCUUACCGACUUUCACCGCAUCCUUCGUGCCCACAAGAUCCGGAUGCCAGUCCGCGAGAUGCCAAACACCCGGACCACCUCGAUGACGUCUGUGCGGGCAUUGACGUGCUUCGUCGGGUAUAUGGUCUCAGCAACAGCGACAAUUAUGUUUUGAUGGGUCACUCAUGCGGAGCCACCCUGGCUUUUCAGGCGGUGAAGCGACAUGUCGACGCAGGGCUGCCGGCGCCCAGGGCACUGAUUGGACUGGCGGGUAUCUACGACAUCAAGGCGCUGGUGAGGAAUCACAGUACCGGGCCAUAUGCAGAUGUGUAUGAAUCUUUCAUCAGAGGGGCUUUCGGCGACGAUGAGAAGGUGCGCAUUGAGGCAUCUCCGUCCCAUUUUGGGAGUCACAUCAGUCUGAGCUCUCCUUGUACUGUUCUUCUCGUGGUCGCCGACGGAGAUGAACUUGUUGAGCCAGAGCAGCGGAUGACCAUGAGAGCGACUCUGCUAGGGAUUGGUGAAGGACUCGAAUUGAGGAGCCCUGUGACGUCGCACGGUAACUGGAGGUAUUCUGAGAUAUCGGUGCCGGGUGGACAUGACGAGAUGUGGGAGAAGGGUGAGAUUAUGGUAUCAGUAGUUGAAAGAUUGUGGAAGAUUCUUCCUGGGGAGGAUGGAGAGGUGAGGGUAUAGACUUGAGGAUUCUAAUGUCUUUUACGAAAGGUGCGCAGUCUUGGUCGUGACAGUAGAUCGGGGGGGGGAUCUUUCGGCCAAAUUCCUCUUUUCUACUACUCGUACCACCCAAUCCUUUGCCCAGAUAUAAUGCAUUACGAGCGCACAGACUAUGGCUGCGAGAGAUGUGUGGAUCACAAGUGUAGCGUGAAGUGUUGUAGUUUCGGCCGAGGGAUUCUUGCGGCUGGUUGGAAGUUUCCACGUGCCAGAUGUACAAUGAAGUCAUGGGACGGAGUGAUGGAGUACGAGUUACAAGGGGGGAUGAAGGACGAGUACUCCGUAGCGAUGGAGAGAGAGAGAGAGAGAGAGAAAGAUGCUUGACGAGAUCAAGGACGAGUAGAACGAACGAGAGGGGGCCUAUCAAUCAAAAACAUCCACCAGGGACAGGGCCGUCGAGACCAGUUAUUUACGAGGACAGCAUCGUACUCCGUAGAU